AUGAAACAAUUACGUGUGUUGUCUUUGUCAAACUACAAGAGUAUCACUAAGGUUCCCAAUUCUAUUAGAAACUUGUUAUACAUGCGGUACUUAAAUCUUUCUCACACUAAUAUUGAAAGGUUGCCUUCUCAAAUAAGCAAGCUUUCCAAUCUGCAGUUCUUGUUGUUGGCAGGCUGUAAGAGGUUUACUGAAUUGCCGGAGGACGUGGGAAAAUUGGUUAAUCUAUACCACCUUGACUUUAGUAACACUGCAUUGAGGGAGAUGCCGGAGGACAUUGGAAAAUUAGUUAAUCUACACUACCUUGACGUUAGUGACACUGCAUUGAGGGAGAUGCCGAUUCAAAUAGCCAAACUACAAAAUCUCCAAACUUUGUCCGACUUUGUUGUAAGCAAACAUAAUGAUGGAUUGAAGGUUGCAGAGCUGGGAAAAUUUCCCAAUCUACAUGGAAAACUUUCAAUAUCACAGCUACAAAAUGUUAAUGACCCCCUUGAAACUUUUAAAGCCAAUAUGAAGAUGAAAGAACGGAUAGACAAAUUAGCUUUAGAACGGGAUUGUGGUACUACUUUUUCGGAUCCACAAAAUCAAAGUAUUGUACUAGAACACUUGCAGCCCUCAACAAAUUUGAAAAGUCUCACCAUCAAAGGCUAUGGUGGAGUCAGCAUACCAAAUUGGUUGGGUGAUUCUUUAUAUGAUAGUAAGGGGUAUUUAAGGAUCUCAAAUUGUGAUAACUGUAUAUGGCUUCCACCCCUUGGACAAUUGGGUAAUUUGAAAGAACUCAAUAUUGAUUCAAUGCUUUCAAUAAAAAGUGUUGAUAUAGAGUUCUAUGGAUGUGAUAGCUCUGCUUCAUUUCAACCAUUUCCCUCCCUGGAGACUCUACUCUUUGAGGAUAUGCCUGAGUGGGAGGAGUGGACGUGA